AUGAAGUGCGUACUCCUUGGAGCAACCCGCGGCUGUGGGCUCGAAACCCUGCUCAAUCUCCAUAGAGCUGGUCACGAAUGCUACAUACUAGCUAGGAACUCGACCGCCGUGACGGAAACCCUCUCGGCGCAAAGCGUGCCCGCGAACUCACCCUUGCUUCACAUCAUCCAGGGUGAUGCGUUUGAAGCGGACGAUGUGCGAAAGUUAUUUGCGGCAGCUGGAGAGGUGGAGUUCGUCAUGUUCAGUUUGGGUAACCUCCUCCCACACCCCACUCCCCCUCGAAAGGAAACUGGUAGCGAUGCUAACCCGAAACCCUUCCCCACUCCAGGCGGCCGCCCCUCGUUCCAGAACCCUCUCUCACCGAAGCUGGUCCCGCCGCAUAUAUGUACCCGCUCGAUACAGGUAUUCCUCCCAGUAUUCACUGAGUUUUACCCCACACCGGCGACUCAGCCCCGGCUCGUCGUCAUCUCUUCCAACGGUCUGGGCCCGCAGGGACAUGGCGACCUCCCACUUGCGUUGAAACCCCUCUACGGCUGGCUGCUGAAGGAGCCGCACCAGGACAAGGAGGAGAUGGAGAGGGAGUUGCAUGUUGCGGCCGGUAUCCACCAUGUGGAUUUUAAUCCUGCUGGGAAGGACGAAGGGAAGUUGGGCAAUGUGGUUAUUGUGCGGCCAGCAUUGUUAACUGAUGGGGUUUCUAAGGGGGAGGAGGGCGCGGUUAGGGCUGGAGAGAGGCUGGAGAGGUGUUGGACGGUAAGUAGGAAGGAUGUUGGUUGGUUUGUUGUCGGGGAGUGUUUGACUGGGGAUAAGUGGAUGAAUAAGGGUGUUACGGUUGGAUAU